AGGCAGCGAAGGAAUUUGAUUUCGAUGUGCUAAAAAAAGAACCCUUUGUAGGGGAGAAAAGGGAGGGCAUGCUUUUGCUUCGGAGGUUUGAGGCUCCGCAGAAGAAAAGAGAAAUCUUCUAAAAUCACUGAGGAUGACAUCAGGUUGAGAAAAGAGAGAGACCGAUAUUGUGCCAAUUUCCUGGAGCCCGGCCGCGUGCGUGCAGCAAAGGAGGGGAAAAUGGAAAUUGAAGCUGUUGCCUCAGAACAUAAAACCAUCGCUGUGGGGAGUUCGGUGCAUGCUGUAGACAAUCAAACACACUUACUCUCUCCCGCUGCCAGCCACAAUGGACUUAAAGACAGACACGAGUCCUUGGACAGUGAGGUUGCUAAAGAGAUCAGAUAUCUGGACGAGGUGCUAGAAGCAAACUGCUGUGAUUCUGCUGCCGAUACUCCCUUUAAUGGGAUGACUUCUUCCUCUCCUGAGCCAAGUGCAUCCGUUGUCAUUGACGGCUGCGGUCCAACCGUUCACAUUGUUAAGGAUUCCACAGCACCCAGUGAAAGGGGCACCCUAGUAGUUGGUGGGCAGACGCCUCCGAUUACUGAGCCCAGUGGGAUAAACGCGGCCUCUGAGAAGCUGAAACCAAACGGCCACUCUCUGGACGGACUGCGAGAGGAGCCCUGUGACAGUGGGAAAGGGCCCGUGAGCCAGUGCUCUUCCACAAGCUCAAGGUCUUCCAAGGAUGGCGAAGCCGCGUUCACCACCAUUAAGAGGGAAGCGAAGUUUGAGCUGAGAGCCUUCCACGAGGAGAAAAAGCCAUCCAAACUCUUCGAGGAGGAAGACGUGAAAGAGAAGUACAGAGUCCGCAAAGUGAGGCCUUCUGAGGAAAUGCUGGAGCUGGAAAAGGAGAGGCGGGAACUCAUCAGAAGCCAAGCCGUCAAGAAAAACCCCGGCAUAGCAGCCAAGUGGUGGAACCCGCCCCAGGAGAAGACACUCGAGGAACAGCUAGACGAGGACCAUUUGGAAUCUCACAGGAAGUACAAAGAACGCAAAGAAAAGCAGCAGCCGCAGCCGACACCAUCGAUGGCCACGAAGCCCAUUUCACAUUCCUCCAUGGCGCCGGAUGCAAGCAGCAUCAAAAAGGACGAUGUUGUCACAGAGCAGAUAGAUUUCUCAGCGGCACGGAAACAGUUUCAGUUAAUGGAACAUUCAGGUCAGCCAAACAGCGCAGCUGCGCCCAAGAGAUCAGGAACCCCUAAAAUGUUCACCAUCCAACCCUUCUAUAAACCAAUAGGCCCGUCCCAAGUAGACCGGCGAACGCACCCGGUUACAAAGCCGGUCUCUCCAUGCAGUCAGACAGUACAGGUUGGCAAUAACGAUGUCACCAUUGUAAAAGCGGAGAGAGUCUCUUGCAUCAUAGAUGAUAGUAGCGUAGGAAUUCAGAACAGCUCUGCCGACCUAAUGAGAACAUCCCCUUCCACAAAGCCUAGUCAGGCACCGAAAGAGUGGGCGGACGAUACCGAAUUCAUGAGCGCAAAGGCGGUGUUUACAGUGGUGAAGGACGAUGAACACAGACUACUAGACCAGUUCUCCAGGACCACCAACGUGUCUUUCCCGCCAGAGGAGCUGGACUCUGGUCUGGACGAGUUGUCGGUUAGAUCUCAGGACACAACUGUUUUGGAAACACUGUCCAACGAUUUCAGCAUGGACAACAUCAGCGACAGCGGUGCCUCCAACGAGACAAUGAACGCCCUUCAAGAAAACUCCCUCACGGAUUUCUCCUUGCCCCAGACUCCUCAGGCGAACACCCCUUCAGAGUGUCAAGGGGAGGGGGUCUCCAAGUCACUGAGCGACCACGGUUUCUACUCUCCUUCCUCCCCAUCGCUUGACUCCAUGCUCAUUGAGGAGCAGUUGGAAUACCAGGCUGGUCUACUGGUUCAAAACGCCAUUCAGCAAGCCAUAGCUGAGCAGGCUGACAAAAUCAGGCCAAAGCGAGCAAAAGAUCCCACAGACCACCAGAUCGAGAGGCGGGAGGAGGCGGACAAAGCACCAUGUUCUGAGAAGCAGCACAAUCCAACUUUUCAGCCACCUCAGGUGUCUUCUCCCAUGCAAGAAAAAAGGGAUACAGCACCAAAGGCUUCAACAGCUCAAGACUCAAUACUCAGGGAAGUUCCACAACCAUCCCUUGCCGUUCUUGCUCCCCAACCAGUCACUGUGGAGGAAACCAAGCCAGAAGUCAGCUACUUCAGCAAGUAUUCAGAAGCGGCCGAGCUGCGGAGCACGGCUUCCAUUCUGGCUCACCAAGAAGCCGAGGUGACCGUGGGGCCUUUCAAACUGAGGUCAAAAAAGCAGAGGACUUUGUCCAUGAUAGAAGAAGAGAUCCGAGCGGCGCAGCAAAGAGAAGAGGAACUCAAAAGGGAGAGGCGAGGGAUGCCAGUGGCGCAGAAUCCCUUUGCAAAGGGUACGCCUGCACCCGCCACCAGAACUGUGUCUUACAAAACUGUACCAGGCAAAAUAGAAAAGAUCAAGCCGCCUCCGUCGCCCACCUCAGAAGGUCCCCCGCCUCAUUCUGACUCCGCAUUGGAUGAAGCUGGAGGCUCCCAGAAGCCCAAGAACCUGAUGCAGACUCUCCUGGAAGAUUAUGAAACUCACAAAACCAAGAGGCGGGAGAAGAUGGAUGAGAGCAGUUAUACCUGUAAAUUACUGUCUAACAAGGUUACUUCUGAGGUUCUUGAAGCUACCAGGGUCAAUCGCCGGAAGAGUGCCCUGGCCCUGCGCUGGGAGGCUGGCAUUUAUGCUAACCGGGAAGAAAAUGAGUAGUAUUCUUGGCAAAUAAUGCAAGCGCUUUUUUUAUUACUAUUAUUACUAUUAUUGCAAAGACCAAGAAACCAAAUAGAAGAACUAAGUUUUAAUUUUUCUGAAAAAAGCUACAUCAUUUUAAUCUGAUAUUUAUUGCAAAUGCACCAGUCUCUGUGAUCCAUGUUCAAACAGGCGCACGAUCCAUUUUGUGGGUGUGCGUGCGUGCGAGCGAGCGAGUGUGUGUUUACAUAUAUACGCACAAACACACAGGACAGUUAAACAAAGAAAAGCAUCUUCUAUUCUCCCCCACCCACCCCUCAAAAAACUCCGAGGCAGCCAGCUGAACUUUGAAGUCAGAGCCAUGGCUCUGAUAAGAAAUAGCAGCACUCAACAGCAAUUUCAGAGCGGACAAAAUGAGCACGUUAUUGCUUCCUUUAACUAUCUUCACAGCUUUGCAUUGGGAAUAGGAAGAGUUUGGCCUGUAUAGGAUCGUACCAGAAGAUGACAACUCAUGAGGAAAAACAAACCAUUGUUCAAGCUUUAUCUAGAUCCAUCUGUGGCUCAUCAUUCCAUACGUGGCUUUAAAAAGAGGGCUGUUACUCUGAUAUAUUCUUGAUAGCCAUAAUAAAUUCAAGAUAAUUUUGUUUUUAAUGUUAACCUCUAGCAGCAAGGUUUUUCUUUUAAAAAAUCUCUUGCUUUGAAUUAAUUGACUUCUUAAGAAAUAAAAGAAAGAUAAAGAGGGGGCUGUUAAUUUUCCAAAUGUGAGUGUACAAUCCAUAUGUUAGCCAUAAAACACACUGUAAUAGUAUUUUUGCUGUUUUGAACAGGUGUUUAUUGUGGGGGAGGACUGGGCAAACAAAGCUUUCUGUUAAUUUAUCACCGGUGGUUUUAGUUGCAAAUUUCCCCGCACUUCAUUUCAUAAUUGAUGUGCUUAACCUCUUCGAUAAUCUAGAAGAGAGACACAGCGGAAUGCCAAAGCAGAACGUCACAAUUUUAACCACCUGUGCACUUUUGGUUAUCAGGUUAAUCUCUUGUUUCUCAGCACACGUUUGCAUUAUCAUCUAUUUGUAUUUAAUGGGCACUUGGUGGUUGCACCAAGUAGAAAUGGGCAGUGGUAGUUGCAAUAAUGUGAGAAAGGACACACAAUGAGAUUUAUAAAGAGCAGCAAAGCCGAGUCAGAAAGAAACAGGGGAGAAUGAGAAACGUUUAAAUAUUUUUUGAUGUGGCCAUUGUUGACCCUCCGAUCAGAUUGUGUCGCAGAGAAAGUCUGAAAGAAGAGUAGAUAUAUCUUUUAGCUAUAUUUAUGCUACAUCUCGGUAUUAGAGUGUAAGAAGUAUGUUUUAACAAAAAAUGAAAAAGUUGAGAGAGACAGUGAUGGACUAAGAGGAGAGAAGAACCAAAGGAUUAUUUCUGCUGCUCAGCCACUGUUUCCAGUUGUAGAAGAAAACCCGGAGGAUCCUUUGGACAGCGUGUAAGCUGGGAAUUCAUGGCAAAGAAUGAUCUAUAUGUGUGUAUUUGCUUGUGUGCACGCGAAGUUGCAUUUAUAACGGAAAGAUAAAGAGACGAGGGUGUACAGAUUAUUUUCUCCAAAGCUGUUUGCUGGCUGCAGGGGUAUAAACAUUUUUUUUAAAGAAAAGGAAUAUAAAAAGGCACUAAACUGAUGCAGUAUUCAUAAUAACAGAGCUGAUGUGAAAUGGUAUUUGCAUGAGUUAACGUUUUCAAAAGUAUCAAACAGUUUUAUAAUCUGACAUUUAGCAAGAAAAGCGGUAUUUAUUCUUGAGGUUUGUAUUCUGGCACGGUAGUAGAAUCUACCUACUGGUUUAGUCUUUUAUUUGUCUGGGCGAUACAGUAGAAUAUUUAAUGAUCAACAUCCAUAAUUUAUGGACCGGAAUUGACACACUUUGAAGAUCUGCAAAAAAAAAAGUGAUAUGUGUAUAUUUUAAAAAAUCAACAUUACUUUUGACUUUUUUUAAGGGAAUCAAAAACUAGGGAUCACCCCACCCCAUUCAUAAAUUUCUGUGUUACCUAUUACAGCAGGAAUCUAGUAUACUGGUAUUUUAAUUAAACAAGUAAGGGACUUGCAAUCUGGAAAAGAUCUUAUUUUCCUCAUAGUAAAUACCAACAUUCAACAUGAAUACACAGCCUUGGAGAGGAUGCUCUCUGUUGUACACAGAAUAAUUGGACAUAAGGAGGCCAUUUGCAUGGAUAACGUAUAUAUGAAGUUUUUCCUAAUAGCUGAGCAGACAGAACUGUGCAUUCAGAGGGGGGUGGCCACAGGAAAGUCCCAUUUGUGUGCACGGGUUUCUUGUUGCUGUUCUCGCAGGAUUGCAGCCCAGGCACUUUGCAAAUUUUGUAACCAGGGAAAAAUACAAACUAUUGUGACUAGAAUCUAUUUUGCAUAUAAGAGCUUUAUAUUUGUGGUUUUCACGCUGUUCUGGUUGAAAUUGUUUGUAAGAACAGAGCAGUACAAUCCAGCCAAAAAUAUUGACUUAUGAAUUGUUGACCUAUUAAUUUCAAUAGACGCCUAUGUUAAAUCUUGCCUGUGAAAAUAAGUGGGAUUGAGAAUCGCUUGAUUUUUUUUUCUGUGAUCGUGUCGUAUGCUGAGCAAAUACCACAUAGGAAAGAAUAACUGCUUCAAGAGCAGAAGACAAAAAAGCACAUCCAUAGAGAGACAGAGAGAUGAGGAUGAUAGGGAAAGCUGUUAAACUGUUCACAGUGAAGAACUUCUGUCACGAACUCCUGAAGGCCCACUGACACUUGUCUACAUUUUCUGAGCCUUUAGCCUAAAUUGCCUGGACAAUCAAGAUUUUUUGUCCUCCUGGGGGCUAUUUUCUUCAAAGCAAGCUGAAAAUUCUCAGGAUUAAGAUGAAGCAGUUGGGAUUGUUCGCUGUGCAUGGACUAUGUUCUCUGACAGAUCUUAAGUAUGAGGAAGGCAGUUCCUUUUUAUACUACAUGUUACUCUUACUGAAAAAUAGUGGUUUUAUAAGGGGGAAAAUAAAACCAGUGACUAUCGAUUUACUUGGAAUUGGAUUUUGUCCCCCUGUGACUAGAUUGUAAUCCAACUCAACGUGAAGAAGGCAUUCCCAUUUCUAAAUAUGAAAAUAAAAAGACACCAAAAAUCAAAUUUUGUUUGUCAGAUCAUCUCAUUCUGGGUUACCAAUCCUCCCCCAAGUCCCCAGCAGCAACAAUGAGAUAAUUCUCUGGCACCUUGCGAUGACUUUUCAAGGUGGGAUUAGAAGCUUAAUUUAUCAUGCCUUUCCUCCUUAAAAUAGAUGUGUGAACGGCCAUCAACGGGCAGUUUCUUUCAGAAAUUAUGGGAUCUUGACUACUGUUGUUCAGCAGUACUUGGCUUAGUGCAGCGGUGGCAAACCUUUGGAACUCCAGAUGUUAUGGACUACAAUUCCCAUCAGCCCCGGCCAGCAUGGCCAAUGGCCGUAACAUCUGGAGUUCCAAAGGUUCACCACCACGGGCUUAGUGUGUUGAUAAUUCAGCAGUUGAUUUCCAUGUCCCCAUUACCAUGGCUUAAAUGUUUAUAAAUAAAUAUAUGCCAAUGAUCACAAAUUAUUGCAGAAUUAGCUUUAUUUCUCCUCCAUGCAUACAAAGAGAUGAGAAUAUAUCUUGCAGAAAAUUCUGGUUUAAUUAAAUUGUACAUUGUCAUAGUUAAGCGUUAUAAUUUGUGACUGUAUCCAGGGUUCUUUGGUUCUUUUCGGGUUGGGGUUUAUUUUUAAUUGCAGAAUAGGACAGUGAAGCUGUUACUGCUUUUAACAGUGCUCAUUCGGGCGCCAUUUUGCUUUCCAUCCCCAAAGAUUCCAAGGAGAAAACCACAACAGUCAUUUCCACCAUCUCUAUACAUUACCAACCAAAUGCGGUCAUGAAACCCACAGCUUACUGUAUGUUUUAACCACUUCAUUGUUGUACCAUGCUUCUGUUUUAUAGUGACUGUGAGACAUACAAGUAUAUAAUUAUUUUCUCAUUAAA